AUGCCCGGAAUAGUGCAGAGUACGGAUCUGACGAGCACAGUUGGCUACGACAGCAUCAUUCAACAUCUGAAUGAUGGCAGGAAGAACUGCAAAGAGUUUGAAGACUUUUUGAAGGAAAGGGCAAUUAUAGAAGAAAAAUAUGGCAAAGAGCUCAUUAACUUGUCAAAGAAGAAGCCCUGUGGGCAAACGGAGCUGAACACGCUGAAGAGAUCCCUGGAUACUUUCAAGCAACAGAUAGACAAUGUGGGGCAAGGUCACAUCCAGCUGGCGCAAACCCUUCGGGAGGAAGCGAAGAAGAUGGAGGACUUCAGGGAAAAACAAAAACUGCAUCGGAAGAAGAUAGAGCUGAUAAUGGAGGCGAUUCACAAAAACAGGAAUUUGCAGUACAAGAAGACCAUGGAGGCCAAGCGGCUCUACGAGCAGCGCUGCAGGGACAAGGAUGAGGCGGAACAGGCUGUGCACCGCAACGCCAACAUGGUGACGCAGAAGCAGCAGGAGAAGCUGUUCCUGAAGCUGGCUCAGACAAAAUCAGCUCUGGAGGACUCCGACAGGAGUUACCAGCAGAGCGUUACCACGCUGGAGAAAAUCCGUGAAGAAUGGCAGAAAGAGCACAUCAAAGCUUGCGAGUUCUUUGAGACUCAGGAGUGCGAGCGGAUCAACUACUUCCGCAAUGCCCUCUGGCUUCAUGUCAACCAGCUCUCCCAGGACUGCGUCCAGAAUGAUGAGAAAUAUGAGAACAUCCGAAAGAGUUUAGAAAUGUGCAGCAUUGAGAAGGAUAUUGACUUUUUUGUAAAUUUACGCAAAACUGGAAGUUUGGCCCCAGCUCCUGUUGUUUAUGAAAACUACUAUAAUACGCAGAGAAAUCCAGCUCCUGUGAGAAGUCCGGCUCCUGCACCUAUAUCAAGGAGGGGACCUCUACCAACCCCGACCAGCACGCCAGGGGAACCUGAUUACACCACAAUUGAUGGCUACAGCUUGAUACAUCACUAA